CUUUUGAGCGUGAGCAAGAGGCGGUACGGAGGCGAGCUUGGUGCGAAACUCCAAAACUUGAACAUGGUGUCCACAAUGGGCAGUCAGGGUGUUCGGCCUUGCUGACCCGCGGACGCCGAAGCAUAACCAAAAAAUGUAGACGGCAAAACUGCACGCGGACACCGAAGCGUAGCCCAAGAACAUACGCUGCAUAGUAUCCCCUCGAUUGAUAGGCAUGUAAUUCGUGUGUAUAUAUAUCCAGUAUGACUUUCACCAGCCGUGAUGUAAUAUGUUCUCUCAAUUCAAUCAUUCAGUGCAUCUUUGACGACCUGGCUGUUUGCUCAGCAGUUUCAUCACUUACUUCAUCAGUCUCGUCACGCAUAGCAAAGAUUACUUGCUGCAUUUCAUUAUUCUGAUUUACAUAUCUACCCGAUCAAUUCAAGGCAUACGUACAUAAUGACUGCCUUGAAAACCUCAAAGCCCAAAGCCACCAAAGGCUCUGGACAAACAGUAAUCCGUCCUCUUGGUCACAUAGAGCAGUACCAGUCAGCUCUACACCUUCUGGACUUGUAUGCCGGCACGUCGGUUGCAUGCAGUUACACCGGACCAGGAGUCUCGGCAAUCCUCGAAAACAGCAGCGCCGGGUCCGAUGAUGGUGUCCUCCCGAUCUGGCUCGUUCGAGCUGUGGCCAAAGUCGUUCAGGAACACCCUCUACUAAGAGUCGGACUUCAAGGAGAAAAUAGCCGCAGGCCCAACUGGGUCCAACUUGAGAAGAUCGAGCUGGCCAAUCACAUCAACUAUGUAGUACAGACUGAGGACCAGGAGUCGCAAAAUGUCCAGGAUGAGUUCCUGCUAGAUGCCAAGUUUGACCACCUCGAAACGCGCCCUGGCUGGAGGAUCUUGGCGACUCGACGACGGGCUGCCGACGGGUCAUACUAUCUCGACGUCUUGUUCAGCUGGAACCACACCAACAUGGACGGCAUGAGCGGAAAGAUCUUCCACACGCUUCUGCUACGACACCUCAACGCCUGCGAUGCAGAGAUGCAAGACUCGCAGGUGACCGCCUCAAGACCAGAAGAUAGCUGGCCGCACCCGGUCUCGGCAUCCGUAGACCCCCGCCGCUUCCCACAACCGGACGAGAAACUGCUCGACAUGAAGUUGACACUACCUUACCUGCUCAAGGAGAUCAUCGAGCAGAAAGCGCCCGGGUGGCUGACGCCCGAUUCCAUGAACUGUGCCUAUGCGCAUUGGGCUCCGAUUCAGAGAGGGCCGCUCAAGACGCACUAUGCCGAGUUUGGCCUUGCGCAGGGGCCUCUGUCGGCCGUUCUCCAGCUCUGUCGGGAGCACGACACGACGCUGACCGGCCUGUUGCACGCCCUGACGCUCACAUCAAUGGCGCUCCAUACACCAGAGUCCAAGCAAGUCGCAUUCCGGGCGGAGACGCCGAUCACGACCCGGCGCUUCAUCCAAUCCGAGGGCAAAGGCACGGAAAGCGAGUGGAUGGACCCGAACGAGACCAUGGCCAACUACGUGUUCCCGUGCAAGCACCGCUUCGGGAGGCGGCAGGUGGCCGAGAUCCGCAGGCGGCUGCCCAAGACGACGCAGCGAACCGACGAUGUCAGCCAGGAGGCGCACCUCACGCAGUCGCCGGCACCCACGGCCGUGCCCGAGCUGCCGACGGAGCUGCUGGAGGCGGUUUGGGAUGCCGCGCGGGGUGUGCGGCAGGACAUCAACGACUGCCUCUCGACGGGCAUGACGGACACUAUAUCGGGUAUAAUGAAGUUUGUGGGUGACUGGCGGACCGAGCACAUUGUCCAUGCUGAAAAGCCGCGGGCGUCGUCUUGGAUGAUCACCAACAUCGGGGUUCUGGAUGGCAGUGGAGGUGGCGGUCGUUGGGCGAUCGACAGGGCACGGUUCCUUACCUGCGCCGAGGUGGUCGGCCGGGCCUUGAACAUCAGCACCAUCAGCGUCAAGGGCAAGGGCCUAUCUGUCGGGCUGAGCUGGCAGGAUGGUGCAGUCGAGGAUUCGAUAGGGAGAGGGGUAGCGGCACACCUGGAAGGUUGGCUGGCGGCACUGGGCAAACGGGAGAAAUCAGGCUGAAGCUUGGUCUGGCGUUCCAAAAGUGGCCAGUGGACUCCGGAGGAUAGUAAUGAUUCAGCCGGUAUUGGGGAACCUGGAUAACAUAGAGAUGUCUGUCUGUUUUCUUUUUUCUUUUUGCAAGAAUUGUUGCUGUUUUUCCAUUGUUGGGUGGUACAGGUUGAUUUGGAAAUCCAGCGUAUAUUGCACUGGAGAACGGAAGCGCGCAUUGUACCUGGUUCAUAUUGUAUUUAGCCGCCGGUUGGUUUUUUUAUUUGUUUUGUUGAGAAGAUAUCAUAGUGAAUGCAUCUUGCUUUAUCUGCGAC